AUGGAAGCUAUCAGUUUGUUGUCCAGCGAUGAGGAGUCUGACGGAGAGUCUUUCAACAAGCACCUCCAAAACCUUUCGUCUGGAGGCGGCCUCAAGCGUCCCUUCGAACAGGCCUCACCUGUGCCAGUUCAGGCCAAGCCAGACAAUGGCCUGAAUGCCUACAGAGACUCUCUCAAAACCAUGGGAACCAACACCAGCUUCUCAGCCUCAAGCAUUCCUGGCGCGUUCCCCCAGGCUUCGAGUUCUCAAAACGACCCCAAACGACACAAAGUGGCUGAGGAAAUUACUCUCAGCUCUGAUUCUGGAGACGAUGACAUCGUGGAGACUACUCCUGCGCCAACACAGCUCUCACAGACAACGGGGGUUACUAUGAGCAGUAAGAACGCCAAGCUGGAAGAGCUCUAUAGACAGGCAGAAGCCCAGUUCUACGCAAACCAACAGGUUGGAGUAAGGGAGCGAUCGGUGGGCCUUUCAGCCAUCAAGGCGCGUCAGACUCUGAAGGAUCGACUUGCCAUUGCCGAACAAAAGUCCAGGGAAGCCCAAGAACGUCUGCGUGCUAUCAACAGAAACUUUGACAUCGAUCACGACACUAGAAUCGCCAUGGCCCAGAAAGCAGAUCAAAACGCGCGUCUGCUGUGGAGCGAGAAGGGCGCUCGAUCGCAAGCGCUGCGUGAGAGAACGCUGCUUAUGCUUCAAUUCUUUGCAGAGCCAGACAAAUAUGUUCAGCAUGUCAUGCAGAUUCUUCUCCAAGCCAGCGGCAUUACUGUCAACCAACAUAACCAGAACCAGCAGCAACGGAUGCAGCAGCCCCAGCCUGCACAUGUGCUUCCCUACCAGCGAAACCCAUCCAGCCACCGUCCUCGUGCCCAUUUUGAUGUGGACAUGGUCAACGACGGUAUCGAGUUGGUUGGAGGGUUCCCCAACGGGCCUCGUACUGCACCUUCUCUGUUUAGUCGAGGUGCCAUCGAACUUGAUUCGGAUGACGAGGAAGCAUACAGUGCCAGCGCAGGCAUGGAUGCCGAUGAAGCAGAAAGUAUCCGUAACCUCCUCGAGUCUGCCACAUCUGGUCUGGGCACCGAUGUCAACGACAGUGCAUUUGACGAUGUGGAGAACAUGACUCCCGAGACAAUGCACUCCAAGCUGCUUCCUCAUCAGAGUCUGGGAGUCAAGUGGAUGCUGGACGCCGAGAAGAAUCAGCAGAAGCGAGGAGGACUAUUGGGUGAUGGUAUGGGACUAGGUAAGACGGUGCAGGCCAUCGCCCUCUGGGCCAACAAGCCCACAGAGGAUCCUGAGGAGCAUGACCAUGUACCUAGACAUGCAAAAUGUACUCUGAUUAUUGCUCCUGUCGGUCUAUUGCACAUGUGGAGUAACGAGUUCGACACUCACAUGAAACCUGAUCAUCGGCCCCGAACACUGCUGUACCAUGGUCCAUCCACAAAGAAGCAGUACAACACCUGGGAGAAGCUAUCCGAGUUCGAUGUUGUGCUGGUGUCUUUCCAGACGCUGGUCACCGAGCACAAGAAGAUGUUCUUCAGUUCCGGCCUGAAAGUGACUGAAAACAUCCGGGGCCCUGAUGGCAGAAUGCAUCGUCACAGACGUGCCAUGAGACCCGAAGAGUUCCAAUCGGUGUCUUCUCCCUUCUAUGAGGGUGACGCUUACUUCUAUCGCAUUAUCAUCGACGAAGCGCACUCUAUCAAAAACCGAAACACUGCCAGCGCCAAGGCCUGUUACAAGUUAGACGCGGUGUAUCGGUGGUGCCUGACCGGUACUCCUAUGCAAAAUACAGUCGAAGAUUUGCAAUCGUUGGUCAAGUUUCUGCGGAUUAAGCCCUACGACAAGGAGAAGAGCUUCAACCACCACAUUGCCUCUGGUAUCAAGAAGGCGGCGAUCUCUGGUAAAGCAGUGCGAGAUGAUAGUAUGAAGCGUCUACAGUCGCUACUUGCGAUGAUCAUGCUUCGUCGAGGCAAGGACUCGAAGAUUAACGGAGCGCCCAUUCUCAAUCUGCCUCCUAAGACCGUCGAGACUGAUGCUAUUGACUUCUCGGAGGAUGAACGGAAGUUCUACCAAGAUCUCGAGACUGGUGCCCAGCGACGAGUUUCCAAGCUCAUGCGACAGGGUGGUAUUGGCAAACACUAUCAGAACGUUCUUGUUCUGCUGCUGCGUCUCCGGCAAGCAUGUUGUCAUUACCAACUUGUUCGAGCUGCUGAGGAUGGAGCAGAACAGCAGGAGCUCACUCGAGACGAGCUGUCGUUUGUCAUUGAAGGCUGCAAGGCUUUUGCCCCCAACACUGUUCUUCGAGUGGCUACGCUGUUCAAGCAGAUGCAGGACGCUGAUGAUCUUCGACGGCAGACUGAGGGGGACGACGAGGAAGGGACUGCAGGUGCCAAGAUUGAGGAGAUCAUACCUGGUGUCACUCGAACAUCUGCCAAAGCCGAGAAGGUUGAUCCUAUGGUUGAAGACGAGUUGAACACCAUGUUUGGUGUUGUCAACGACACUGUCAAGGAUGUCAAGGCCAAACAGGAGGAAAGGGACAUGUCCAAGUUUGUUGUCAACGAUGAUAGCGACUUGUCUUCUCUUGACAUCAUUGACGAGCCCAGCCCUGAUACCUCUGCUGCUUCGUCUAUCAACGGACGAGAUGCUGUCAAGGCUGAGGCUGUUCCCGUGAUUCCCAAUGGCGGUUCUGAGGCUGACACUGCUUCCAACGGUGGUAUAAACUACAAGGAAGAGUUUCCUAUUACCAACGGAACUGUUACUUCUGUGAAGGGUGAGGACGUUGAACCUGAUGUCAGUCUCGAAACGCCUGAGCCUUCGAUCCAGGCACCUCGACGACGAACUUACAACAAUGCUGUGGAAUCCGACGACGACAAGGACGAUUCUCCCGUUGGUUCACGACGAGCGACCCGAUCUCGAGCCGUGAAGAUUGGCAAUGCUGCCGAGGACUCGGAUGGUGAGGGAGAGUGGCUUGACUCCGACGAUGCCACUUGCAGUGAGGAAGAGGAUCCUCGUGAUCGCAAAGGCAAGGGCAAGGCUCGUAACCAGCGUGUGGACCGUCUAAAGCGUCUUCGAGAGCGAAAGUUCGGCUUUCCUCUUGAGACCUGUGAUGAGAGCGAGACACCUGGAGAUGCGUACGACGACGCUCAAAUUGCUCGUGAGGAGAAGCGCCUUGCUGAAGGAUUCGAAUGUCCCAUAUGUACAGACACUGUUCCUCAGUCUCAGGUCCGUCUCUUCUCCACUUGUGGCCACUCCAUUUGCCACGAGUGCAGUGUCUCCUACUUCUCUUCUGUUGUCACUCCUCUGUGUAUGACUUGCCGAGAACCCAUCAGCCAGAGCACGAUGGUGCCUCUUCGGGUGUUCCAGAAAAUGCAUCUCGAGAAGAAGUCCCCUCGUGAGGUGACUCGGGAGAUUCAGUCUGAGCAGGCCCGUCAGAAGAAGCAUCGAGAGGCAGAGAAGCAGAAGAUUGAGGAGGAGGAUGAGAAGCUGCCUCCUUCAGCUAAGGCUCUGCGAUGUGUUGAGCUGCUGGAGAAAAUCAAGGAGGAGAACCCUGGAGAGAAGACCAUCAUUUUCUCCCAGUUUGUCUCUUUCAUGAAUCUGAUUGGCGAUGAGCUUGACAAUGCUGGCUUCGAAUACCUUCGGUACGAGGGUAGUAUGCAUGCUGAUGAGCGAUCACGGGCUGUGACAGCUUUCCGAGAAGAUCCCAGUAUCUCGGUUCUACUCAUUUCGCUGAAGGCGGGUAAUGUCGGUUUGACGCUGACAGCAGCCAACCAUGUGAUCAUUAUGGACCCCUUCUGGAAUCCCUACGUCGAGGAACAGGCCAUGGACCGAGCUCACCGUAUUGGCCAGCAGCGAGAUGUCACUGUGCACAAGAUUGUGAUUGAGCAGACGGUAGAGGACCGUAUUUUGGAACUUCAGAAGCGAAAGCGGGAGAUGAUCGAGUCAGCUCUUGACCCAUCUGGCCAGAGACAGAUGGCACGUCUUUCUCGAGAGGAGUUGCUGUUUUUGUUCAACAUGCGACCCAACCCGAACACAGUUGCCGAAGCUGCCGCCGAAGCUGCUGCUGCUUAG